AUGGCUACCUCCCUUCAAACCGCCCCAAUUGAUAUUAUGCAAGAGAAGCAAGCGAUGCGAGAAGCCAUCGAGGUGGAUCAUUUGCCAGUAGCUGUUUUGGAUGCAACAGCAGGUCAAGCAAAACCUAUUCCUGCGACAAUCAACGACACGAUGCCUGCCAAUCCGGUGCUUGUUCCAGCUGUCGACGACAAGGAACAGCUUCUGGCAUCCAUUGAAAUUCUCGCUCGGAAAGCUACAGCUAUGGCAAAAGAUGAGUCCAUUGAUAAGUCCACACGAUACGAGAUACGCACAGCAGCGCUAGUGCUUGCAGACUCCCUUGAGAGUCCCGUGGAACAAGCACUUCGUAUUGUCUUCGAGACGUCUCCACCUAUGGUGGCUAUGAGAAUUGCCAUUGAGGCUGGAUAUCUCCAAGCGCUGGAAGAGGGAAAGAUUCUGACAGCAGACGAGAUUGGCGAGCGCACAUAA